AUGUUGGAUAUAAAAAUUAUUAACUCUUAUAUCCACGUGAUAACCGUUUCAAAUUUAUUUUCUAUACUUGGAAACUUCAAAAAAAAUGUAUUGUGUAUUUUGAAUUGAUUCAUUGUAAACGGUCACAAUGACUUCUCGAAAAGCUAAAGAGAGUGCUCACAUGUCUGCAAGUGACAUAAUAUCGACAUUCAACGAUUUUUUCACGAAUUUCCCGGCCAACAAGAGCUUCGACAUGACUUACAAAGUAUAUCUUAAAGACUUGGCUGAUGCAGAUGAAGAAUUGACUUCCUCGAGACGCAAUUCCGAGUUAAAUCUGACUGAAAACAAGCCAAUCACAAUCGCCUCGUGUGGAUUUGUUCCUCAAAUGAUGUCUAGUUCGACUGUGAAAAACCUAUCGCUUUCAUCAUCGGCAACUAAUUUUAACUCGGAAAAGUCUGAGAUCGGAUCGAAAAUCACGAUGAACCCUGCAAAACAGGUUCUCAAGGGUAGAAAUACUCGCAAGAAGAGGUCAAUGGUCGACUUGUCGCAGAUUAACAAGAUCUUCGGAAGAGACUAUAACCCGCCAGCUCCAUCUUCAAAAUCGCCACCGACUAUUUAUGUGAACUUGGGAGUUAUAUAUUCUUCGUCCUCUUCUCACGCUUCUGAUGCUUCAUCCAUCAGUUCCCAUACGUCCGUUUCGUCUACUUUUACCGAAAAGCAGCACGAAUUUGGAAAACUCGUUCCAUCUGGGACUGACGGCAGCCUUGAGUUGUUCGUUAAAGUGGCCGAUUGUUUUGAUUAAAGAAGGCGAAUCUCUUGAACUUGAAUAAACUUGCAAUCUAGUAAAUGUUAAUUUUUUUG